UUUUCUGCCCUCCCAAAGAUGGCGCCCGGCGAGCGCCAUACGCCAUGCCACGAUGUGAUACAGGGUAUUUGUCGAAUCCGACGAUCUGGCUCGCGACCAGUUAGUAGCUCUGAGCGCCCCAUGACGCCCCAGCGCUCAGUGUCCACCAUCUCACCAUUGCCUUAG